CAAGCGACUGAAAGCGGAGCAGUCUCGGUCCAUCUAUAAAUCCCUUAAGAAUAGAAAUCUCCCCUUCGAUUUCCUGCCCUUGUUUCCAUCUCUCUUGCCUCGCGAUCAUGGCAGAAGAAGGAGAAGAUUCCAAAUUCAAUUCUCCCCAACCUCCUCCUUUUCUGGAGGUUGCCUGCAAAAGUUUGGGUAAAAUAAGCCGCUUUGCGGCUGGUACCAGGGCAGGAUUUGCAGUGUCUUUGAUAAACAGGAAGUUAGAAGCUGGAGCCCCUCUUGUUUCGCAUAUUGAAGCAGUUAAAGAUGGGGAGGAACCCAUAAGUUUUGGGCCUGAUGCGAUUCUUGUGGAUUAUAGCAAUGGCUGGAAGUUGCAGACUGUUACUGAGUUGGAUUUUGGUGGUGUUAGAAAAGCAGAAAGCAUUCGGCUGAUUCCAACACAAGCCCCUAAUUUACAGAUUUUUGAAGGCAGACGUCCAGCAAAGAUAGUUCCUAAAUCAGGAGUCAGUUUUUUGUACAUUGCAAAGAUAUUACUUGCCUUUGUUUUGAUUUUUGUACUUGGUGCAAUUUUUACAGUGGCCCUGGAGAAUCUUCCAAGAUUGAUACUGUUAAUUAACUCGUAUACUAAUUGAUAUUCCUGAACGUAUAUAUAUGGAAAUGGGAUGUAUCAUUUUGAA